ACUGCGUCUUUUGUCGGAAGCCGAACGGAACGUGUGUGAUCUCGUCGACCGCCUCAUGGCAUAACCUCUGUUGUAACUACCGAAUCUUCCAGAAGCUUCUCUCUGGUCUUGCAACGUCGAAAUAUUAGGAUCGUGAAUAUAUCUUACAGAAUUAAGAGACAUGGAUGUCCAACGACAUUCUGUGCGCACGCUGGUGUUUCGGCCCUUAAAGAGGACUCACGAUAUGUUUUUAUUAAAUCAAGGUUCUUUACCGUCGGAAGAUCCUGUUCUGCAGCAAAUGAAGAAGGUUGUAAAAGCGAAAGAUUGUUACAGCCCAAUAAUGGAACGUGUGAAACAAAAUAACAUGGCCAAAGUGCAGCAAGAAAACGACAUUGCAGACCCUCCGCCCCCAGGAGAUGAAACCUUUGGAGUUAAUGCUACCUCGGCAGUUGUCCCUUACAAUAUAACAAAAGGAAGCACAAGUGUGGUGCCAAUAAUAGGUGUGGGGAGCAACGUAAGCAGCGGCACACUCGCAAUGCCACCAAAGAAAAUGCCCUCGAUGGCGAAACCCAAGUGGCACGCGCCAUGGAAAUUGUACCGAAUUAUCAGCGGUCAUCUGGGAUGGGUAAGAUGUUGCGCCGUGGAGCCUGGUAACGAGUGGUUCGCCACGGGCUCAGCCGACAGAGUAAUCAAAAUAUGGGAUCUGGCGACCGGCAAGUUGAAGGUCUCGCUAACCGGUCAUGUUAGUAGCGUCCGUGGCCUCGCAUUCUCGCAGAGGCAACCUUAUUUGUUCUCCUGCAGCGAAGACCAACAAGUCAAAUGUUGGGACCUGGAAUACAAUAGGGUGAUUAGAAGUUACUACGGCCAUCUGUCGGCUGUAUACUCCAUGACUGUGCACCCGACAAUAGACAUGCUGGUGACGGCGGGUCGUGACACCACUGGGCGUAUAUGGGACAUACGUACAAAGGAUCAUGUACAUACAUUGGUCGGGCACACGAACACGGUGGCCGGCGUGAUCAGUCAGUCCGCCGAGCCGCAGAUCAUCACCGGCAGCCACGACUCAACGGUUCGCCUGUGGGACCUGGCCGCCGGAAAGUCCCGGGCCACGCUGACGAAUCACAAGAAGAGCGUGCGCGCGCUCACGUUCCAUCCGUCCCUGUACAUGUUCGCCUCGGCGUCGCCGGACAAUAUCAAGCAGUGGAAGUGCCCGGAGGGCAAGUUCAUUCAGAAUCUGUCGGGCCACAACGCGAUAGUCAACUGCCUGGCGGUGAACGCCGACGGGGUUCUGGUCUCCGGCGCCGACAACGGCACGAUGCACCUCUGGGACUGGCGCACUGGCUACAACUUCCAACGGCUCCACGCCCCGGUCCAGCCCGGCUCGAUGGACAGCGAGGCCGGCGUGUUCAGCAUCACGUUCGACAUGACGGGCACUCGCAUGAUUACGACGGAAGCCGAUAAGACUAUUAAAAUGUACAAGGAAGACGACACCGCCAGCGAAGAAACGCAUCCCGUCGACUGGCGACCCGAUAUAAUAAAAAGAAGAAAAUACUAACUUACUCAAAUAUAUAUACACUGAUCCAAUUAAUUUAACGUGUGACGCAUUCAAAAAUAAGAAAAAAAUAUUUUUUAUAUUAUUUAUAUAGGAUUACUUUGACUUCCAGACUGUAAUGGAUAAAUCUGUCCAAGCUGCGAUAAAAAGAAAAAAUUUCCACCGAGAGUUUCGUUUCAGAAAUAUAUACAUAUUUCGUUUAUCAUAAGCAAAAGUUCAUAUCUCGAGCGCGUAUCGACUCCUCUCUUUCUCGCCGCAUAUACAUUUAUCUUGUACCACGUGACAAUUGUACGAAAAAGUGCAGCUAAAAGAAACCGGUAUGAAAACCGGUAUUUAUAUUAUUAAAUAAUUGUGAUAUACAUAUAUGUGAUAUUUGAUAAUAUAAUCUAAAUAAAGUG